AUACCUGGAUAGAGUUGCAACCCGUCUAAUUGAUUGAAGCGCCCCCUUACUGCGUACCUACAUAUGCCUCAACCCUGCACAGUAAGGGGAUUGGUUGAUCCAGGCAAACCUAACCGGCAAUUAAAACCCGCGAUCUCAGUAACAAAAGCUUGUCUGGUCCUCCCACAUAUUGAUGACGCAACUCAUUCGAAGCUCACUCAUCACGACUUCUGCGUGUCGGAGUUGAUCUGCCCCAGAUGUUGAUUUAUACACUCAACAAUUUGUAUGUACAAUGUAAUUUUUUUGUAACAUUUCCUCACUUCUGCGUGUAAUCAAUCAUCUCUUUCCCCGCGUUAUUACCAGCCACUGUGAUUUGUAUCGGGUUUAUUUCAGCACACCGACCACCCCUUGAAACGAUUUAGCAGCAACCCAUACACCUAUAUUGAAACGCGCUUUCCCCAAAUAUUCGGUCGCCAUCCGGACCACGCGGCAUGGGCUUAAAACUCUAAACUUUAUAUCUAUUUUCAUCUACCUGCCUUGCAUAUGUGUCUAGGUAAUAAGCAUAAAACUUAAUUUUGUCAUCAUUUUAUAGCAUAAUGUCAACGACUAGCAAACUGAGACCUCUCGUCCGCCUACAGGGUAUGCGCGCUGCGCAGCUCCCCUCGCCUACAGCUACAACUGAGGAACUUGCACCGCUGCUUUAUUCUAUUUUACGGGAGGCUCUACCGUUUAUUGACUCUGCAGCGCCGAAGGCGUCUUCGUCUGCGACAUCUUCCGGUGCUGAUUCUAAGAUCUGGAAGUCGAAGGGUGUGCACUCGCACCCAGACUCCGCGGCUAAGGUUGAGGUAUCGGAGCGCGUGGUCUCGGUCGCAGAACUACGGGAUAUUGUCACCGAAAACAAAGACAAGAUCCGCCCAGAAACGUGGUGCUGUCGCCGUAGUGUCCACGAAGAUGCACCAGAAAAAGGUACCGCAACUUGGGAGGAAUUCGAGCACUGUUUUCGCGAUGAACACGCCGAGUCAGAGCGCGCAUUCACGCCGGCGUGUUUAGCUGCGCAUCAGGCUCUGAAAUGGGAUACUGCGGCCAGUGUUCCUGAUAUUGAGGAAGGCGGGCUGAAGUGGGGUAAUUUCAAACUCGUAGUCGAGGAAAUGCGGCAUAGGAUCGGAAAGCCGAUUUUGAAAGAUCGGACGUUUCCUGUUCUACAGAUGACGAGUUCGGUUGUUGCGGUUCGGCCGUCUUCGCAAUCGACGGGGACGGGUGAGUUUGUUGUUGUGAGUAUCCCAGUGCCCGAUUUUGGGAGUGAUGAGGCGAGUAAACUCGCCAAAGAGAAGGGGGCACAGAUUGCGAUUUAUGCGAGUGUGGAGAGGAUCCGUCAGUUUGGAGGGGAGGACGGGAAGGGUAAGAUUGAGUGGCUUAUGGCCACGGCUAGUGACGCAGGUGGCAUUCUGCCUGCUUGGGUCCAGAACGCCGCGGCCCCUGGUGUGAUUUGGAAGGAUGUGCCGUUGUUCUUGAGCUGGAUUGCGAAGGAGAGAGAGAAGAGCGGUCAGAAGAAAGGGGGCGUGACUAAUACGGAAGUGAAGAAUACAAAAGAGGAAAAUGAGGAAGUAGUGCCGCAAGCCUCGACAGGGACUGAAGUGAACAAUGUACCGUCCACUUCCGAUGGGACAAACGAUGUCACGGCCAUCGCGGCGGGGAACCCCCAGGUAUCGACUGGCAUAGAAGUCGGCCAGACGGCGAGGGUAUCAGCAAGUGGUUGACCGAGCUCAAAAAGCUAGUAACAGGAUACAGAAAAUAGGUAUACAUUCAUAUUUUCAUUUCUAACAACAUUAUAGCAUUGGAUAUAUACAUCACUGCCUAUCCCAUAGC